CUUCAGUUGGUGUUUUAACUCUCUCAAGCUUGCGAAAACGAAAAAUUACCAUAAUGAAAUAUUCAAAAAAGAAUGUCCCAUCCAAUAAAAAAAGGGGUGAAAAGGAAAAACCAAAUGUUUCGGAUAUAAAUAAUGCGAUCAAUCUAGAAAAUGGUGACCAGCUGUCUGCCAACUCUUCGUCGGAGUAUUCCCACGUUUUCAAUAAUAUUCAAGCCGCUAUAGAACUAAAGAAACCAGAUGCAAUUAAAGAAGAAAGCAACAAUGGCAUCUCUGGCGAUUGUGCGGCUCGUAGUUCUAAGCUGGCCACAGAACCCGUAGAGCCCAUUGCGCCCAGUAAACGGAUUGAAAUGUAUAAAAAUUUCAAAGACUUCUACGAGGGCGAUGCCAUAGUAAUUCGUACCGAGGGCGAAAGCUUUCACUUUGACGCCAUUGUGGACGAAGAGAUUUUUCUGGAAUAUGAACAGGCCUUCCGAGGCACUAAGAAAAUCGUUGACACUGUUGCCAGCAAUCAUAAAUUUGAGAUAUUCCUGAUGCUGUAUCCUAUGCUGACCAUUGCCUACCUGAAAAUGAUUUUGGGAGAGAGAUUGGAGCGGGCCACGUCCUUCCUGGAGGAGGGCGCCACGUACUUGGACAAGUCGUACAGCCAGCGCAUCGAAAAGCUCAAGCUGAUUCGCACCCCAGAAGACCUGCCGGAAAGGGCCCUGGAGCUGCUGGCUAGUGCCGACACGGUGGAGAUCGUAAUGGCCUAUCCGACCUACUAUCUGUACAUAACUUGCGUGGCGAAGUGGACGCGUGGGCAGCAGGAGAGGCUGCUCGGCCAUUUUGCCAUUCGCAGCUACACCGACGAGGACCCGUUAGAGGAGUGGACAUUCCCGGGGCUGCCUCAGCUGGAGCCCCUUGUCGACAGUUCGGUUGACUUGCCGCACCAUUGGCCACUGGAUCGGGACGCUUGGCCCACGAUCUUCACGUACGCACCUGUGGAGAGUGAUGCGGAAAUUCUCUGUUGCACUCCUUCGCAGGACCUGUCUAUGGUGGCACUUGGCUUGAGCAACCACUUUAUCCGUGUCGCCGUGGGCAUGGAUAAGAUUGGACUGCUGGACAAGCUGGACUCCAUCAUCCGCAAGGGGGAGAUCAUGCUCGGCGGCCACAAGGGGCCGGUUUUGUCCCUUGCCUUUUCCCACAAGGACCGCUUCCUGCUCAGCUGCUCGCUGGACUCAACGAUGCGGCUGUGGUGCGUGACCUCCUGGACCUGUGCCUCCGUCUAUCGAAAUCAGCUGUGCACCUUCGUGACUUUUGCCCCCCAGGGCUUCAUCUUUGCCGGCACCUCGGACGACGGCAUUGUACGCGUCUGGGGACGCAACACCAAGAAGCCUGCUCUCGAGCUCGCCGGCCAUCUGGCCGACAUGACGGUGUGCCUGUUUCAUUCCAACAGUCGGCACCUGGCCACAGGAUCCGCCGACUGCACUGUGAGAGUGUGGGACAUUUUCAAGGGCGUCCAGGUGCGUCUCUUCCGUGGCCAUAAGAACACCAUCACUGCUCUGGCAUACUCAAAGUGCGGCCGUUAUCUGAUCUCCGGGGGCCACGACUUCCUCAUAAUUGUCUCGGACAUGUUCAGCGGCCGGAUGGUCCGCACCCUGAAAUAUCACACGUCCGUCAUUAGAUCGAUUGCUGUAAACAUGGAGAACAAUGCGCUGGCGGUGGGGAGCGAUAUCGAGCUGAGCUUUUGGGAUUUUCAGCUCCUCGUCAAUCACUGCAGCGCCGACCUCGCACCCGACGAUAAGGAGUCAUCCCCAAAACCGAGCACCAAGGAGCUACUAUACAGCUCCAGUGAGCAUUUGAAGACAUCUUUGCGCUGUCUUCGCUUUGUUGGCCGUAAUUACAUAAUGGCCGUCUGUACUGGCCCAAAGGCGGAGGAGGAGGCGGGCAAGAAGAAAGGAAAUCGAUAAGGGAGAAAAUACGACAUCGUCGAAUUCCAAGUAGGAUGGGUACUUUUUUAAGCACUUCUAAAUCGGUUUUUAAUUUUUUAUUGUAACGAAUUGGACAAUUUUUCAAACACACAAAUUUUAAAAGUUGA